AUGAUAGGGGAUAAUAGUGGGCGAAUGACAAUUUUUUCAAGGCAUUCGUGCGGCCCCGUGUUCCCAAUACCCCUGCUUCGAACCAUGAUGGUAUCCUAUUGGCUGUUCUCGGUUUUGUUAGUAAUCGGUUGUAUUGAGGGGCAAAAGGGUAAUGAAAGCUUGCUUUCCGUAUUUCUUUUGGCCCGACAUGGUGAAAGAUACCCCUGUCACAGCCUUCGCCAUCCUACUUAUCCGAAAGAAUUUGUGAAAAUGCGUUGUCAGUUGACCGAAAUCGGAGCAAAGCAACAUUUUGAAUUGGGGAAGUUUAUUCGAAGACGUUAUUCGAGCUUUUUAAAAUGGGAAGGAUUCAAGCGGAACUAUGUCCACAUUCGAAGCACGGGAACCGAAAGAACGAUUCUCUCCGCUACUUACUUUGGUCUUGGUCUCAAUUUCAACGCGGAGGUUGAGUUGCCAAUCCUGCCAGCUGUUUUCUCCUCUCCGAAGCGUUAUGAUUAUCUUCUCAAAAUGUCCUAUCCAUGUCCAGCAUUUAACAAGCUUUUUAAAAAAGCUCUCAAUUCCAACCUUACUAGAGAUUUCGCUGAAGGCGUACGAGUACUUUUCGAGGAUCUCAAGAACCUUACUGAAUUUAGUUUUGAAUCUGAUUCCUUGCACAAAUACCUCCCCGAGUUAUGGAAAUUGUGUGAAUCGAUAUAUACGUGGGACAAUUUGGAGCGUGCCACAAAAGGAGAGUCCCUUCCUUUUAGUUCUGAUCUUGCCUCAGCUUGCCACCGAGCACUGAGCUUUAGGCAACAGCUGCGUUUCUCCACACCCGCCCAAACUUUUCUUCGUGGAGGUCCUCUUUGGCGACACGUUCUCCUCACACUGAAGCGCCAAACCUCGUUUGGUGAGAGGGGCACCCCACGUUUCGAAACCGAAGAUAUUGAUGACAUGGAUAUCCCAAUUACCAGCGAAUCUCGUUUAUUUGCUUAUUUUGCUCAUGAUUCUACCCUAACGGCCUUCUUGAGCCACCUGGGUGUAUUUAACAACAUCUUGCCCCCGUACGCGAGUGCAGUAAUUGUGGAGCUGCACAGACUUGUCCAUGGUGAGCUAGCAUUGAGGUUCUUCUACCACAAUGCGAGUACGCCUGCUUCCUCGCAACUGAUUGCCCUGACCACCGAAAUGUGCGGUGAUGAAGAGACCUACUGGUGCCCACUGGACGUUCUAGAGGACCGGCUUCGCGGCAAAGCAGCAACAGACAUGGAGAGCGCCUGCGUUACAGAUGAGAACUCGCCCCCCACCACCGUCCUGGUAACCUCUGCACUUAUCGCCUCCCUUGCCUUCGCCUACGCCCUUCCCAUUGGCUACACGAUUCGCGCACUCCUCUGCCUCAUAGCCAUUCUUUUAACUUACCGGUUCUUGUUCCUAAUUUUGUAG